ACAAAAGAGUAGUUGGACUUUGUGUAACAAAUCCCCCCUUUCCUUUCUUCUAUUUUAUUCAUCACAUCACGCGCUUAUCCCCCCUCCUUUAUUUCUCCUCUCGAUAACGAUUUUAUACCCGAUUUUACUCCCUAAUUUACACACACGACACACACACUCCUCUUCUACGAGAGCGAGAGAGAGAGACUGAGAGAGGGAGAGAGAGAGCUUGCGAGAGAGAGAUGAGGGAAGAAGGUAUAAGCUCAUCCGGAGAUCCGUUAAUUGCUCCGACUCCUGCUGCCAGCUCUGCAGGGGCAUCGUCUCCGGCUGUUCCUACUAAUGUUGGCAGUAUAGACUGGUUAGGUUAUGGACAGAGUUCCAAAGCAGCUUCUGUAUCCCGGAUAGUCUCCCGCUCUGCGAGGCCUUCUUUGAGUACAAGUGCUGGUGGUUCAGCUCUUGGAUCAUCACAGCCUUCGUGCAGGCCAUGGGAAAGGGGUGAUUUACUACGACGCUUAUCAACUUUCAAUCCUUUAAACUGGUCUGGAAAGCCUAAGGCUGCCAGUUCAUUGGCUUGUGCCAGAAGAGGUUGGGUAAACGUGGGUGUUGAUAAAAUUGAGUGCGAGUCUUGCAGUGCAAACUUGAAAUUUAGUGCACCGUCGACCUGGAUGUCUACACAAGCUGAAAGUGCAGGGGAAGAAUUUGCUAAAAAGCUUGAUGGAGGACACAGAAUAAAUUGCCCCUGGAGAGGGAACAUCUGUGCAGAGAGUUUAGUCCAGUUCCCUCCUACUCCUCCUUCAGCUUUGGUUGGCGGUUACAAGGAUCGCUGCGAUGGGCUUCUCCAGUUUCUUUCCCUUCCAAUUGUGGCCGCGUCUGCCAUAGAACAGAUGAAAGCUUCUCGAAGUCUGGAACUUGAACGUUUUCUGGAUCAGUUGCAGGAUCUUACUGUUGGGGAUUCUGGCCUUAAGGCAGAUGUUUUACCUCAAACAGAGGCUAACAGAGAAGAGGUUUCCUCUGUCUAUACCCAUGCCCAGAAACUCAUAAGCUUAUGUGGGUGGGAGCCAAGGUGGCUUCCAAACAUUCAAGAUUGUGAAGAGCACUCUGCUCAAUCAGCUAGGAAUGGAUACUCCGUGGACCAUAAAGACUCUGGUAACCUGAAUGAUCCCGGGCUUGGGAAAAAGGCAUUGUCUUCUUCAACAAAAAAGGAUUCCAAAAAGAAAGAAGUAAUGUGCUCCAAGUCAAACGGUGAUUCGCGGUCUCCAUUGCUAGAUUGUAGCUUAUGUGGAGCCACAGUACGGAUCUUAGACUUUUUGUCUGUUACUCGGCCAGCUCGCUUUGCUCCUAGUAUUGUUGAUAUGCCUGAAACAAGCAAAAAGCUGGCACUAACACGUGGUGCAAGUGCAGCAAGUGGAAUCAACGGUUGGAUUGCCGCUGAUGGUAUGGGUAAAGAGCAGACUGAGGAACAUGAUGAAGCUGCAACGGCGGAUGAGGGUAAGUCAAUGUCAAAUGUCGGAGUGGAUCUUAAUCUUACAAUGGGUGGUGGACUACCCUCUGCACAGGUGCACAUGAACGUGGUUACUGACCAACCCCAAGAGAUAACUAUAGGAAGAGAUCUUAUGAUUGGGCAACCUUCCAGUAGUGAGGUCGGUGAUCGCGCAGCAUCAUAUGAAUCACGUGGUCCUAGUACUCGCAAAAGGAACUUGGAGGAAGGUGGAAGUACGGUUGACAGGCCCCAACUAUUGGUACGGCAGGCAGAUAGUGUUGAAGGGACUGUCAUAGACCGUGAUGGUGAUGAGGUAAAUGAUGGUGAACAGUACUCUGCAGGCCCUUCUAAGCGUUCCCGGGAAGCUUAUGCUUUUGAAACUUACCAGUCAUCUUAUAGAAGAGAUUCUUCUGGGGCAGGUCCUAGUCGCUCACUCGUUUUCGAGAUUAAUAGAGAUGGCAAUAGGGAAGAUCUUUACAAUCAGAGAGAUGAUCAGUCUUUUGGCAUCCCAUCAGCAAGAGAUUCAGCACGCGCAUCCUCUGUUAUUGCAAUGGACACAAUUGGUCAUAGUGCAGAUGAUGAUUCUAUGGAAAGUGUUGAAAAUCGUCCUGGGGAUAUGGAUGACGUCCAGUUCCCCAUGGCAUUCAGGAACCCAGACCUGAAUGAAACAUCAGAACUGAACUACAGUAAUCAGGCUCAACAGAGUGUUUGUCUUCCAGCUGUAAGAGGGGCGGGUGAUGUAGGUGUUAGCAGCACAAAUGAAGAAGAAGUUUUGAAUACUGAUACUACAACUGCUCGUGGAAGAGAUGGGCCUAGCUUCGGGAUAAGUGGUGGAAGUGUUGGUAUGGGCGCUAGUCAUGAAGCUGAAAUACAUGGUGCUGACCUCUCUGUCCACAGAGCAGAUAGUGUUGUUGGUGACAUGGAACCAGUUGCUGAAGUUACUGAGAAUCAGGGACAAACUGGCGAAUUCGCUCCAGAUCCUGGACUAAUGGGUGAUUAUGUCCCUCAAGAAAUGGACCGGGAGUAUCCUCAUGGAGAUAGUCAAGAUCUGAUGUCAGGGUCCGUAGCAAGGGCAGACAGUGGCUCAAAAGUUGUUGGUUCAGGAAAGGUUGAAUCCGUUGAAAGUGGUGAAAAGACUAGUGACAUGCACCUUUUGCCUAAUGAAACCAGUAACCAUCCAUCUCAUUCUUGCAAUGCGAUCUUGUGUUCUGGCUAUGAAGCUUCCAAAGAAGAAGUAACACAGGCUGGCAAGGCAUCACCUACCAAUGACUCUGGAUAUCCCAAGGCAGAUGACAUGGUUGCAAAUGGUAAAGAGCUUCCUAAUGGAGAAAGCAACUAUGAAGAAGCUGUGGAAUUUGAUCCAAUUAAACAUCAUAAUUAUUUCUGUCCUUGGGUUAAUGGGAACGUAGCUGCAGCAGGAUCCAGUAGCAACAGUGGCUCUGGUUCUGGUGCUAGUGCAAUUGCUCUAUGUGGUUGGCAGCUAACUUUAGAUGCUUUGGAUUCCUUCCAGUCACUUGGACAAGCCCCAGUCCAAACCGUCGAGUCCGAGUCAGCAGCAUCUCUUUGCAAGGAUGAUCAAUUGACUCCUGGUAGGAAAUUCUUGGCACUCAACUCCUUUAGCAGAAGCCAUGGGCUAAACUGAAAUCGUAUGCAUUCUUCUGCAGUUGACCAACUGUUCUGGUGGUGGAUCAGGCUCCCUUUGACAUCUCACAUUCAACGUUGUGUUUACAGACUUUGCAAGAGAGGGGUUUAUUUGCUUUCUGGACAGUGGGCACUGAAUUAGAUUUAGUAUUGAGAUGAAGAGUAGAUAAAUUAUGCAUGACAUAAAGACAUACAUCUUCUCUUUUGUCUGGGUAGUCAGAAUAAUAUGUUAUAAUCGACAAGAUAGACUCUGUGGAGCUGUUGGUUGGAUUUAAAUCUUUUAUGGGCUAAAGUGCUCAAGUAUACACCAUAUUUUACUUUACAAAUCAUAAACUGCAUCUGGAUAUAUGGUUGUAAUUAUUCGAAAGAACAAACAAAUAGUGGCUUCUUUUUACAGGGAUUUAAGGAUAAUAACAUUUGUUUUUUUUAAA